AUGUCUCCCUCUGCUCUCCCCACCCACCACGCAGCCGUCCUCCGUGGCGCCAAGGAUCUCGUCUACGAGGAGCGCACCCUCUGGCCCCCACAACAGGGUCAGGCUCAAGUUGCCGUAAUGGCCACCGGUCUUUGCGGCAGCGAUUUGCACUACUACGCCCAUGGCCGCAACGGCGACUUCGUCGUCCAGUCGCCCCUCGUCCUCGGUCAUGAAGCCGCCGGUAUCAUCACCGCCGUUGGCCCCGGUGUCAAGAACCUCGUCAUCGGCCAGCGCGUCGCCAUCGAGGCCGGUAUCAUGUGCAACAACUGCUCAUACUGCUCAAAGGGGCGCUACAACCUCUGCAAGAACAUGCGCUUCUGCAGCUCGGCCAAGACCUUCCCCCACAACGACGGUACCCUCCAGGAGCGAAUGAACCACCCCGCACACGUCCUUCACCCACUACCGGACAGCUGCUCCUUCGAGCAGGCCGCUCUCGCCGAGCCGCUCUCCGUCCUCCUCCACGCCGGCCGCCGCGCCGAGCUCACCCCCUCAUCAAACUCGACCGUCCUCGUCUUCGGCGUCGGGUCGAUCGGCCUCCUCGCCUGCGCGCUCGCCAAGUCGUACGGCGCGACCCGCGUCUGCGCGAUCGACAUCAACCAGACCCGCCUCAACUUCGCGCUCGAGCACGGUUUCGCGCAGCAGGUCCACUGCCUGCCGAUGGGCGACAAGGCCAAGACGCCCGAUGACGCGCUCCGGCGCGCCAAGGAGAACAUCACCGACGCCCUCGCCGAGUUCAACAUGCCCGACGGGUUCGACAUCGUGUUCGAGUGCACCGGCGCAGAGCCGUGCAUCCAGAUGUCCAUUCACGCCGCCGUCACCGGCGGCAAGGUCAUGCUCGUCGGCAUGGGCACGCGCAACAUCACCCUCCCGCUCUCCGCCGCCGCGCUGCGCGAGGUCGACAUCCACGGCUCCUUCCGCUACGCGCACACGUACCCGACCGCGCUCGCGCUCCUCGCCGAGGGCAAGCUGCCGAACGUCGAGAAGCUGAUCUCGCACCGCUUCGGGCUCGAGGACACCGCGAAGGCGUUCGAGCUCCUCAUGAAGGGCAAGGACGACGACGGCAACAUGGUCCUCAAGGUCAUGGUCGGCUCCUCCGAGUCGCUAUGA